GUUGGCAAUGUCAAGUCUCAGUCACCAGUGCGGGGUGGCAAAGGGCUUCCUGCAGAAGCCCUGGAGGCUGAGAGGCAGCUGACACAGGCACCAGAGGCCAGCUAGAAGACAGCCAUGACCAAAGGCAAAACAUCCUGUGAACUCUGACAGUUCUGACCCUGCUUCAGCAUCUGAACUCCAGGACCUGCUUUCUGUUUGUGUGAUUUUAAAAGAACCUCCCCCUCCCUUAAGAAACCGAAAGCCCAAUCCUGGGGUGGAGAACCCGGGAACCAGGGAAGGGAGAGCCGAGAAGAGAUGGGAAGGCACGGGAGGAGAGGCAGAGGGAAGGAGGAAGGAGGCAGCCCCGGGACCAGAAGACGACCGCAGCUCUCUGGUGAUGGCAUGGAUCAGGCGCUGGUGUACCUACCUCUCAGUCCUGCCACCGUCCAUCAUCCCCCAGGUACCCAGGCACAAGACUGAUGCGGAGCUGCUCCUAGCAACACAGCCAUGGCCGGAGAUUCUAGGAUCUUCAUGAACCAGGACAUGGACAUCGGAGUUACAUCCAGAGAGCCUAAGAAGAUUCCCAAGCAGGCUCGGGAUGAUGUCCCCAUUGCCACCGACCGAACCCGCCUCAUAUCAGCAGAGGGUAAGAAGCCACGCCAGCGUUACAUGGAGAAAAGUGGCAAGUGCAACGUGCACCAUGGCAAUGUCCAAGAAACCUACCGGUACCUUAGUGACCUUUUCACUACGCUGGUGGACCUCAAGUGGCGUUUUAAUCUGCUUGUGUUCACCAUGGUCUAUACCAUCACCUGGUUGUUUUUUGGGUUCAUAUGGUGGCUCAUCGCCUAUAUCCGGGGAGACCUCGACCAUCUUGAAGAUGAGAACUGGAUCCCCUGUGUUGAAAAUCUCAGUGGAUUUGUUUCUGCUUUUCUGUUUUCUAUUGAGACUGAGACAACAAUUGGGUAUGGCUAUAGGGUCAUAACAGAGAAGUGCCCAGAGGGCAUCAUACUGCUCCUGAUCCAGGCUAUUCUGGGCUCCAUUGUCAAUGCGUUCAUGGUGGGGUGCAUGUUUGUCAAGAUCAGCCAACCAAAGAAGAGGGCUGAAACCCUCAUGUUUUCUAACAAUGCCGUGAUUUCCAUGAGGGAUGAGAAACUCUGUCUCAUGUUCCGUGUUGGAGACCUCCGCAACUCCCACAUUGUCGAGGCUUCCAUUAGAGCCAAACUGAUUAAAUCCAAACAGACCAAAGAAGGAGAGUUUAUCCCCUUGAACCAAACGGACAUCAACGUGGGAUUUGACACUGGAGAUGACAGAUUGUUCCUGGUGUCACCUCUUAUCAUCUCACAUGAAAUCAAUGAGAAAAGCCCCUUCUGGGAGAUGUCCCGCACCCAGCUGGAGAAGGAGGAGUUUGAAAUUGUGGUCAUCCUGGAAGGAAUGGUGGAAGCAACAGGGAUGACUUGCCAGGCUCGCAGCUCCUACAUGGACACCGAGGUGCUGUGGGGACAUCGCUUCACUCCCGUCCUCACCCUGGAGAAGGAUUUUUAUGAAGUCGACUACAACAGCUUCCAUAGCACGUAUGAGACCAACACUCCUGUGUGCUGUGCCAAAGAGCUGGCUGAGUCUCGCCGGGAAGGGCAGCUCCUCAGCCACCUCUCCAGUGCCACCCUCCUCAGAGAAGCAGAGACAGCAAGAGGGCAGGAAGAAGAAGAGGAAGGUGUCAGGGAGCCAGCAGGAUUGAAUGGAGCCAAUGGGACAGCAGGAGAGGUGAAAGAAGAUCUGCUUGUAUAACACCUGAACUGCAGGGCAGUAGAUACCCACGUACAUGUACUGGGAGACUGGUGAGUCAGGAGUUGACUGGGAGUCAGCUGAGAUUUAUGCGCGAGCUCUGCUGCCUGCUGCUUGAUCCUGGCCCAUCGCUGCCCAGCACUGUGCCUCAGUUUCCCUCCCCUUUUAGCUGUACAGUGAGCUUUGCACUCGUUUGCAGGACGUUUUGAUCUCUAUGAAUGAGGCUCACUAAAUAUCAUCACUGCUAAAUUGAAAUUCCCAGUGGUUGUUUCAAAAGAUGUGCAUUGGACGUUCAGAACUUUCUCCCCUUGAGAGGGUAUUUCAGAAGUCCAGAAUGUCCCAUCUCAGUACGAAGAAUGUGGUUUCAUACCUUCACUUAAUUUGUGAGUCAAUGUAUUGUAGACAUUGUUACUGCUAAAUUAAAGGAAGAGGAAAAAAAAAAAAACCUCUCUCUGGUGUGUGGUGUUUUGCUUUCAUGAAGUUUGCAAAUAGAUUUGUAGCAUUUUCCUCCAGGAUCACAGUCGUUGUGUGACAAUGUUCCCACCAACCUUACAGCAUGUUCAGCCCAUGUUUCUGCCUGUCUUCUCAAAGUGAGGUGCUGUCUUUAUGUGCUCUUCUCGUGGAGUUGCUGAUGUAUUUCAUAUGCUCUCAGUGGGCAGGGAAAGUUUAGAUCUUGCCCCAGUGUAGGUUUCUUCCUGGAUGUCCCAGUUUCAGUUUGGGCUGACCAUUUAAAACAAAGUAAGUAGCCAUCUGGGAGUGUGAAAGUAGCAGUCUGCAAAAUUCUCUGCUCUUCUGUGAACUAUGUAUUUAAAAUGAAGGCUUGGGUGCUGAUGUUCCCAUGGAACACGCACUGACAUAACCGAAGCCAUGAUGAAGAACUGCUGCAGAUUUGAACAAGACAUUAAAAACAUGGCCAUGAUGUGGAAAAUCUCUUCCCUUACCGCCCAAAAUCUGGCGGGAUAUACAAGAUACCUGUAGAAUUGCUUCUUUAUCAAAAUAGAUUGAGGAAUAUAUAAUAUGCAAGU